CUGAUAUGAGUAAAACAUUUUUCAUUCGGGGACGGCAACUUUAGUUGUACAUUUAUUUGAAAAAGGAGGAUAAACUAAUAUUUUAUUUUUUUUCUAAUUGAGGUACUGGUAUCAGAAAGGUGAAAUGACAGUGUCAAGAUCUGUUGUUGCUGGGCUUGUUGUACUCGCAGUGUUGUUAGUCGGCUGUGUGAUUGCAAUUGUUGUUUUAGCAGUACGCCUCAACGAUGAGACUGAAAAAUCGUCAGAAAAUGAAAAGGCAGGGACAGAUAGUAUGGGUAUGUCAGACUGUGACGACAUUGCAAUUAUUGGAGCCGGGAUUUCCGGAAGUUACGCAGCAUGGCGAUUACGAGAUAAAAAUCUAAAAAUAGCACUGUACGAGUACUCAGAUCGCAUUGGUGGACGCUGUUUUACAGUGCAACUUCCGGGCAUACCGGAUGUGAAUGUUGAGAUGGGAGCAAUGAGAUUCAGACCUGCUGACCAUGAUUUGGUGAACAGUACCGUCCAUGAUUUAGGACUGGAUGUGGUAGAUUUCGAGUUAGGUUAUGGUUCAAGUGGAGGGACGUUAUAUUAUCUUAGAGGGAAGCACAUGACGCUAGACGAGCUAGCAACACAGGCUCCGUAUAACCUGCCUGCUGAAAAUCGCGUGGACCUGGAUACUCUUCACUGGAACGUGUUUAAGAAUUUCACAAUACGGUCUCAGGAUGAUGACGAGAUUAAAUCUCUGGAUGGAGUUGAUUUGUAUAAACAGAGUCGAGACUUGUACAACAAUAAGUACCUGGACAUAGAAACGGUACAGUAUUUGAUGGAAAGUGCGAACUUUAUCAGUGAAUAUGGCACAGAUAUUUCUGCGAUCGGAUACAUUCCAGUGGAUGAUCCUAGCCUUUCGUCCCCGGCUCCAAAGGCUGUGAAAACAGUGACAAGAGGAUUCCAGGCUAUACCCGAACGACUUGUCGAGCAGUUUCUCCAAGCUAGUGAUAAGCACAAGUUUUUUCGCAAUCACCAUCUCAAAGCGAUAAACAAACAAAGCGAUGGAAACUAUGUACUAACUUUUCAAGUUACCGAAACGAAAGCUGGAAUAACAACGGAAAUAAAGAAUCGUUCACCUAGUAAAAUGUGCGCUAAGAAGGUGCUACUUGGAAUUCCUAGGCUUGCACUUGAACAUUUAGACUGGGAGGGACUCAGGCAGGAGACUGUUCAAGACUACAUUAAGAAUGCUGUUACGGAAGUUCACGCAGGCAAAAUGUAUUUUGGUUACGACAACGCUUGGUGGCGAAACCUGGACAAGGCUGCGAGUUACGCUAUAUCAAUGACUCCAUUACGACAAACAUACGACUUUGCUGUAUCAAAAACAACUUCCAAAGGGGUAUUGAACCCAUCAUACAAUGAUGGCGAUGCCAGGAUAUGGCGAGAAGCAGUUGGCUCUGGUGAACUUGUACCUGGGAUAGGGGAUAACUCUAUUGCUAUGACCAACGUUAGCGUGUAUCUAGCGAGAAAAUAUUAUGCCGAAUUAUUCAACAUAACGCUAGAUAAUGUGCCAGAGCCUAAUUCCGCAGUAAUGGCCAUCUGGGACCAGUAUCCAACUGGUGCUUCUUGGUACGAAUGGGCACCAGGAUACAAGUGGGAUGAAGUGGAAUCGCGCAUGAUCAAACCGUCCGCGAGCGAUGACGUAUACAUUACGUCAAAUAUUUUCUCAAGUAACGGGCGCUCUGGAUGGAUACAAGGUGGAAUGGAAAUUGUGGAGAAAGUUCUAAAACAUUUUGAAUAAUUGUACAUUUUUUUCUAAGUAUGAGUUUAAGAAAAGAAAGCAUUAAUCGAAAUCGAAAAGAUCACCAGGUAGACAAUCAUAAUGGCAUCAGCUUGUGCAGAAUUUUUAUAUUGUUGCUUCAUAAAAACUUGUAACAAUGACAACAGAUACAUCUAGUUGCAAAAUAUGGCAAAAUGGCAAAAAUUAUCCUUUGAUAACUUCAAAAGUACAAGAUAUUUUUAUGAAAUAUUAUACAUAGACAGAAAGCAAUAUAGACAUAGAGAAAGGACGCAAAAUAUAAUAUUGUGUCAGUUCCAACUUUCUAUCCGCCCGUCCAGUCACGAAAAAGUGGGUUUUGCCAUAAAAAUGCACAAAAUAUUUUGGCAUGAAAACUUUUUCAUUGACAAAAGGAAAAAUUUAAAAUAUGUAUAUUAUUCUAAUUUGUCCAUUUUUUGACAGUUCACUCGUUCAUCCGCUUCAUUUUUUCUAUUUGCUAGCCAUCUGUCUGCCCGUCCUUAAGUCACAAAUUCCUGCUAUAACUAAGUGGAAGAGAUUUAUUCACGAAAUUAGGCAUCUUGGAUUACAUGCAGGUCCUUAUGAUAAAGAAAAAAUCGUUCUAAUUACAAUAAUCUUUAUCAGUAUUUUCUACAUGAAAAUAUGUUAAAUAUUAAUUUUUGAACUUUUUUGUGUAGUUUCUUACGGACAGAACCUCUUCCAAAAAUCUAACAUCAGAAAACGAAAUAAUUUCUGUCAAAUGAAUAUUAAGGAUAGGAACGCAUUCUCCGUAAGCAAUUCGUCAAUCUUAUGUAUUUCAAAAAAGCCAUGUGCGCGUUAAACUAUACGUUCGAAUAAUGUCGAAUUAUCGAAAGAAAAUACAUAAUCACACGAAAAAUGCCAAGUGUCAUUGUGUAGUCACUACCCUAAAAUGAUCAGAUUAUUCAACUUAAGUUCGAAAAGCUUUCUCUGCAUCGUUUCAUGUAGAGUAAAAUUAUUAUUUUACAUCCUUUUAGAAAUAAGGGAUGAAUUAUGUUUCUCCCUAAAAAGUCACCAAUCUCUUCUAUUCAGAAAAUGCUUUCGGACAAAAUACGCCACACGUGAUACUGCUCGCGAGUGCAGACAUGAUUUUAAUGUUAAAAUGUGUCGUUGGAAAGAGCAUACAUUAAGCUACACGGAGACAUCUUUGUUUUGGCGCUAAGGAAAUUUAAAGGGAACUCUCAGGACAACCUUAUGAGUAUAAAGCUCCUAUAAUGUGUGUUUGGUUGUUCCGAGGAGUCGAACAGUAAAGUAUGGUGACAGAAGUUUCAAGCAUGCAGCUCCAAAGCUUUGAAAUGUCCUCCCAGCAAGCAUCAGAGAUUCAAGCUCACUGUCCGCAUUUAAAAAAUCUUUGAAAACACAUCUCUUUCACACAUGUUCUAUAAAAUAACAAAAUCUGAAAUACUGUUGAAAAUGGCGUUAAACCCAAAACAAACAAACAAAAAUAACAAAAUCAUGACAGGUUUGUUUCGUGUUGAGAAAGGGAUUGCUCUCCUUUAAUAGUGUAUGUAAUGUAAUUUAACGUUGAGCAUAAUUUAAGGAUGAUCUUGUUUUAAUUACUAUUCCUUUUAAUCUUUUAGCAAUAUAUUUACAUAUAUAUAUACGUAUGUAUGUGUUCUUUAAUGUCUUUGUAAAGCACUUUUGAAUGCACAUAUUUUGUAUGAAAAGAGUGCUAUAUAAAUGUUGUAUAAUAAUAAUAAUAAUAAUAAUAAUAAUAAUAA